GCACCGUCCCUGCUUCGUUGCUGUCUCAUACAGCCCCCAUGUUCCCUCGCCGUCGCUGACGGCUCCUUUCAUCUCCUUCCUGCCGGUCUUCCCCUUGACUUCGUGCCCACCCUGCAGCCAUGUCCUCUGAAGCAUUUCUAUACUUUGACGACACAAGUUCCGUUUUCUCGUACUCAGGCAAUUGGUUCGAUAACACCGACCUAGAAGGCUUCCUGGCCCACGGAGUCUUCAAUGACACCAUCUCGUCUACAGCAACUCAGGGUUCCACCGUCAAGGUCGACUUCAUCGCAUCCCAGAUCGUCGUAAUUGGCGCCACAAUAGCACCCCCGAACGCACCGAGCGGUUCAGGCCCUAUAUCAUCCUACGUCCUCGACAACUCCCAGAAUUCCGCAUUCCUCUUCGAGGCUAGCGCGACCAACGCGACCGGUGUCACCUUCUUCAACUCUGGCCCCCUCUCGGCGGGCAAGCACUCACUCGAGAUCACCGUCCUUCAAGUAACAGACGGCAUCCCAUUCUUGCUUGAUGCCGUCGCUGUCGGCCAACCCCAGGCCACUCCUAGUACAGCCGUCUGGGUGACGACCGUCUUCGCAACGGGCACGAGCGCCCCGACUUCCGUGCUCGACCACAGCACCGCGACGUCGUCGACCGUCGCAUCCUCAGCGUCCAGCUCCAAAUCCCUCCCCAUAGGAGCAAUCGUCGGCGGUGUCGUCGGCGGCGUCGCGCUGCUUGUCGGCGCCGCACUCGCGUUCUACUUCCUCUACUGGAGGAAGAGGCAUUCCCGAGAUUACGAGUACCGCGGCUUCUCGGGCGACCCGUUCGAUACCGAGAAAGAUCAUCUAGCACGCCCACCACCUCCACCAACCGCGAGCGAGGGCCGCUUCUCGGCGCGAUACUCGCAAUUCGAACCCUUCCUUGCCCCCACCAGCCCCACACCAUACACCGACGCACCCUCCGUCACGCCGCAUACAUCGAUCUACGGAGCAUCCGCGCUCGGAGCAGCUGGAGCAGCAGCAGCAGCAGCGGGCGUAGUGGGAGCAACGGGUGCCGCAGCAGCAGCACACACCUACCCCCCAGCCCAAGGCAGCGUGCUGAGCAGCUCGACAUCAGGCGUCGGCCGCACACUGUCGGUCGUGAACGACGCGGGCGACGUCGGCCUCGGCCUCGGCGCCGCCGCCCUCACUCCCGCGGAGCGCAAAGCGGCAGAGGCCGCGGGCGAGAAGGGCGGCGCGGGCGCCGACCAGCCCGUGCAAUACCACGCGGACUCGGGUGUGCGCUUUGACAGCGAGGGCAAGGCGGUAGAGGCGUCUGGCUCUGGCUCUGGCUCCGGCUCCGGCUCUGGCCCGCACGAGCCAGAACCGCUGGACGUGCCUCCCGAGUAUACUGAGAUAUGACCGCAGCCGUCUCUGGUCUGCAUGUCUGAGAUUCGAGGGCAGGGUCGGGUGCGUGGGAGUCGGAAGGGGAGAGGGGGUAUGGCGUCGGACUUGGGCUGCCGCAUUGGCAAUGGACUCCAGAGCACUUGAUACUCAUACAGUUUAUAGCGUUUACGAUGAUUGUACGCGACGCAUUGCUAACUUACGGUUGGCGUGCCUUCGUCAGACCGUGCGGUUCGGGACUUGGUUGGCAACGGCGACUGCGAGGCAUCGCUCGUUGUGCGUCGUCUUCCUAUCGUAUCUCACAGCCUCCUCACGUUCCUUCCCAUGGGUGUACGGCAUGUCUUGAUAUGUUUUGAGACCUGAUGAAACCUUCUGGACAAUGAAUUGUAUUGUCGAAAAGUCC